AUGGCCCAUUUAUUCAAUCUUAAUCCAAAUGAUAUUCGUGUCAAUUUUGAGUUUUUAGAGAGCAAGGAUAUUUUCAGCAGAUCUCUAUUCCUAGUUGGAGAAAUAGGUGGAAAUGAUUACAACCAUGGUUUCCUACAAAGUUGGUCCGUUGAAGAAGCCAAAUCUUUGGUUCCUCAUGUCAUCGACACAAUUAGUACUGCAAUUAAUGAUUUAAUUGAUAUGGGGGCAAAGACUUUGUUAGUUCCUGGAAACUUCCCAAUAGGAUGCAUAGCAGCAUUUCUCACAUACUAUGAGAACUCAAAAGUAGAAGACUACAAUACGAGCACAGGCUGCAUUAAUUGGCUGAACGAGUUCUCAGAGUAUCAUAAUAAUAUUCUCAAGCAGGAGCUCAAUCGUCUUCGCUAUAUUCACCCCCACACCACCAUCAUUUACGCUGAUUACUUCAAUGCAGUUAUGAACAUCCUUAGCCCUGCAAAUAGCACAAGGCUUGAAAAAGUACCUUUAGCUGCAUGUUGUGGUAGCGGUGGCGGUCGAUACAAUUACGGAAAGAGCAUAAGUUGUGGAAGCGAGAAUUCGACUGUGUGCGGCGACCCGUCUACUUAUCUUAGCUGGGAUGGCUUGCACUUUACAGAGGCAACUUAUAAGGCCAUAGCCAAGGGAAUCCUGGAAGGGCCUUUUGCUGAUCCUUCUAUCAAUAAGACAUGCAGUUCUUCCAAUAUUGGAUAUGUGGUAAAAGAACUCACAAUUAAUGUUUCCAAAGCAGAUUAG